AUGCCUGGAUCUCCAGCCCCAGAGCCGAAAGAUCAUUGUCCCACCUUCAGUAAACCCUCAGAGAUAAAUGGUCUUCACUUUUGUGUGUGCCAAACUCUGCAGACUCCUCCAGUGUGCGCCCACACCGAUCCUCCUGGGGGAAGGCAGAAGGUUCCCCAGUUAUUGUGUGAUCCUUUUGUGAAAUGCGACACACACUUAAGAGAAGCAUCAGAAUAUAGAUUUCAAUCUUUUAGCGUGAAUAUCGAGGUACAGAUCCAUUUUCCAUCUCAGAAAGGUUUAUUGAUCCAAGAAGAUCUCAUAUUGUCCAAAUCUAUGUCGUGGAAUCACACUCAAGAAGAGGGCCAGGGGAACCAGAGUCACCAAACAAGUAUCACCUGGGUCCCCACAGAAGUGGCUAACAAUGUCACUGAGUUUAUAUUCCUAGGACUUUCCCAAGAUCCUGGAGUGCAACUGAUGUUCUUUGCCUUAUUUCUCCUAUUCUAUAUUGUGAUCAUGGUGGGAAAUCUGCUCAUUCUGCUUACGGUCUUUUCUGAUCCCCGGCUCCAUACACCCAUGUAUUUCUUCCUCAGUAACCUGUCCUUUGUGGACAUUGCCUAUUCCUCCGCCACAGCACCCAAGAUGAUUGCAGACUUUGUUUCCGAGAAAAAGACCAUUUCCUACUGGGGCUGUGUAACUCAGAUGUUUACCUUCCACUUUUUUGGUUGUGCUGAGAUUUUUGUCUUGACCGUUAUGGCUUUUGACCGCUAUGCUGCCAUCUGCCACUCUCUCCGUUAUACUACCAUCAUGAGUGCCAAUACUUGUAUUGUGCUGGCAUCACUGUCCUGGUUGGGAGCCCUGGGUCAUUCCUUUUUUCAGACCCUCCUGACCUUUCAGCUGCCUUUCUGCAAUUAUCAGGUCAUUGACCACUACUUUUGUGAUGUCCACCCAGUCCUAAAACUUGCCUGUGCUGAUGCAACCCUGGUAAACAUGUUGGUGAUUGCCAACAGUGGUCUCAUCUCUCUGGGGUGCUUCCUCAUUCUUCUGGCCUCCUACACUGUCAUUCUAUUUAGUCUUCGCAAGCGGUCUUCAGAGAGCCGGCGCAAGGCUCUCUCGACCUGUGGGUCUCAUUUCACUGUAGUAACUUUCUUCUUUGUCCCUUGUAUCUUUAUUUAUCUCCGUCCAUCCACUACUUUCCCACUAGAUAAGACUGUGUCUGUGUUCUAUACUACCAUCACCCCAAUGUUAAACCCACUCAUCUACACUCUAAGGAAUGAGGAUGUAAAGAAUGCCAUGAAAUGGAUAUGGAGUCGCAAGGUCUCCUUGAAGGAAAAGCAGAAGGGAUAG